AUGGCACUCCUCGAUGCCCCCCAGCUCCGCAAUGCUGCGCAACUCUUUCUGCUGGGAGGGGCUGUUAUCCUAAUCACGGUGGCUUUGCGAAGACGCAAGACAAAAUAUCGCUAUCCUCCUGGUCCGAAAGGUAUCCCUGUAUUUGGAAACCUCUUCCAGUUACCUCCAGCAUACCCAGGGGCCAAGUUGAUGGAAUGGGGCAAGCAAUACGGGGAUCUUUUUACAAUGCAACUCGGAGCAAGAAAAUGGGUGGUCCUAAAUUCCUCGGAAACUGCUCGAGAGCUCCUCGAGCGGCGUGGCAGGCUGUACAUUAGUCGUCCAGAAUUUGCAGUCACGCAAGAUAUUCUGUCUCGAGGCAACCGGAUAGUGAUGAUGGGAUACACCGAGAGAUGGCGCGCCUUACGCAAGAUAAUGCACCAGCUGCUGAUGGCUAGCAACUCAGAGAUGUACAGGCCUUUCCAAGAUGUAGAGUCUAGGGCCCUCGUCUGGCAGUGCCUCAAACGUCCAGAUGAUUUCUACCGUCAUGGAGCUCGGUUUGCAAACUCAGUUAUCUUCUCAGUUGUUUUUGGUCGUCGAACGAGCAUGAACGAUGAGAAUGUCCGGUUACUGUUCUCAACCAUUGAAGAUUUCCUUGCAACCCAGGCUUCACCCUCUACUACCUUGGUAGAGCAAUUUCCUUGGCUUGUAAGGGUCAUGCCGCAACCUCUUCAAUGGUUCCGACCGAAUGCAGAACGGGUAUAUAAGAAGACAAUCAAUGUGUACACUGCCUUCUUCGACGACCUCGAGCGACGAAUCAAGCAGGGAGAGAAUCCCGAAUGCUUUGCUAGAGGCAUGGCGGAUCUAGCAUCAAAAUACGGCUUCGACAAAACUCAGGCAUAUUUUGCUGCUGGAACCAUCCUCGAGGCGGGGAGCGACACGACCCGCAAUCAAAUCAAUCUGAUUCUCGCUGCAGCUGCAAAAUACCCGGCUUGGGUUGCCACCGCCCAGAGUCAACUUGACAACGUCUGCGGUUAUGCUUCGAGACUGCCGUCCUUCGAUGAUUGGGAUCGACUGCCAUACAUUGUCGCGGCGAUUAAAGAGUCACUUAGAUGGCGACCGAAUAUGCUACCUGCAGGAGUGCCCAGAACGCUGAUCAAGGACGACAAAUACCGGGACUUUGUCUUUGAGAAGGGAACCAUUUUUACCUACAAUAACUUUGCUAUUAGUCAUAAUGAGAAGGAAUUCCCGUCCAACGACGUCUUUUCGCCGGAGAGGUUUCUGAAUAAAGACUUGCAGGAUAUGCUGAAAGGCCAGCUGGGCUUUGGUACUGGGCGAAGGGUGUGUCCAGGAUGGCACAUUGCGUUCUCGCGGUUACUUUACUGCUUCGAUUUCCGCGAGGUACCUUGCAACCCGAUCAAUGAGUGCAAGAUUGAUCCGCUGGCCCACGAACAUGCUCCAUUCAAGAUCCAAAUCAUUCCCAGAAGCGAGAAGCAUGUUAGGUUGAUGGAAAGGGAAUGUGCGCCAGCUGGGCAAGAGUUGGAUUCAAUGUGA